AUGGGCGCCCUGUCUAACCAUUCUACGCGUUCCAAAGGAUUAAAGGACGAGAAAGACGCCGAAUCGAUUGCAGCAUCAUCACGCAAGGGCCGUAACAUUGGCGUGAAGGAAGCAAUAAUGGGCAGUAAUAACCCCUUGUGCGCAACAUCCCGCCACCUCCCAGAGGUUACUCGGCUCUGCCGUCUCCAGUGUUUGGACUCCUCAUACCACACCGACGGACUACAUCACCACUUCACUGAAGAAACAAUGGUGGUGGUGGUGGUGGUGGUAGCGGAACCAUCAACAAUAACGCAUUCAUUUUCAGGUGCAGUAAGAGCCAUCAGCACUCCGGUAGCAGGCUAG